CGCAGAUGUUUGGGGACUAAAGUUAACAGAGAUGUCGAGACAAGAAGUCAGACAGCUACUGGAGGCUAAAGUGGAAGAAAAGGAGGAGAUUUUAGAACGAACAACAAGAGAUGAACAGGAACUGUUGAGUUUUGGUGAAACGGAUCAACAGAACAACAACAACCAACUCUCUACAUUAGUGGUUCCUGCAGAUGUUCAGCAGUUGGUGUUGAUUCCAGAAGAGGCUACUGAAGAAUGGAGGCCUGGUGUGGACCAGCAGGAUCCAGAGCCCCUCCACAUAAAGGAGGAGGAGGAGGAGGAGGAACUCUGCACCAGUCUGAAGGAAGAGCAGCUCAGUGUGAAAGAGGAGACUGAUGCCACCAGGUUUCCCUCCAAUGCUGUUCCUUUACAGAGUGAUGAUGAUGAUGAAGAGAAACCUCUGUUGUCACAGCUUCAGCAGCACAAAGUAAAAGACCAUGAUCUUCCAACCAGCAGCUCAGCUGUCCAGAAGGAAGCAGCGACUGAGGGAGGAGACUGUGUAGCAACAGAAACUAAAAGGGACCAAGAUCUGAAUACUGAUGAAGGUGAUUUAGACUCUUCAGAGACUGAAGUCAGUGAUGAUGAUGAUGAUGAUGAUGAUGAUGAUGAUGAUGAUGAUGAUGAUGAUGGGAACAAUCCUAAUUUUCAGCUAAAAUAUAAACCAGAUUCUGGGUCAAAAACUGAAAACAGUUACAAAGGCUGGAAGAAGAGCAGACUUCAUAAGUCAAGUUCAAACAACACAUCUUCGAUCUGCUCUGAGUGUGGGAAGAUGUUUGUCAACAACUAUUCUCUUCAGAGACACAUUAGGCUUCACACAGGAGAGAAACCAUUUGUUUGUCAUGUUUGUGAACACAAGUUUUUUGAUAAAUCAACUUUAAACACACACAUGAGAAUCCACACAGGACAGAAACCAUUUGUCUGUGAUCUGUGUGGACAAAGGUUUGGACAAAAGUCAACUUUAAACACACACAUGAGAAUCCACACAGGACAGAAACCAUUUGCUUGUGAUGUUUACACAUGA